AUGCGGCUCAUCUGGGUGCUCCUCCUCGCGCUGGCCGCGUCGCCGUUCGCAGCCGCGCCGCAGCUCGAGCAGCUCCCGCCCCGCCGCCUUAGCAUGACCAAGGAACUCCAGCGGAUCUCGGCAUCGGCCAUCAACGUCGGCGCGCACUGGACGUGCAGCAACGUCGCCGCGAUUCUAACCCUCGCCGUCGUCAUAACGAUGGUCUGA